GAGUUCUGUGUAUUGUUUACCAGUUGCAAUGAACAUUGAGAACGUGAAGGUGGCGGAAGUGUGAAUGCAUACCUCGGAGAGCAAUCAAAAGAAGGAGCAUUUCAGUUUCGGCAUUCAGACUAGGGAUGGUGCAGUUCUUUGAAGCGAAGAAAAGGAAGACGUGGCGUAGCGCCCACUUUCAAUAUCGCAGCGAGUAUUAGCUAUAUGUGCCGUUACACGGACACGAAGGCAGGCUGUAAGCGAGGUACAGAAGCGCAUUGGAAGUGAACAGCAAGCAGCGAGCGAAAACGACCGUAUUUCGUAGCGCAAUUAUGUGGACUGGCAGUGGCUAGCCAGUUUGAUCUCAAUAUGCGAAUGUAGUCUUUGGUAUAACUACAUAUUUUAAAUUAUUAUUUUUUUUAUCUUCAAACUCCAAAAGUGAAAAUGCUGCGCUUAACAGGCGCGUGCAACAAACCAGGAUAACGAGUGGAAUAUAAAAAUAUAACCGCCCUAAAGCUGCGCUGAGCAACAAGGAGAGAAGAACAUCGAAGGAUUUCCAUAAAUGUCCGCUGGAUCUUUCUAUAUACAUGAUGGUUUGCGACUUUGAUUCACCAGAAAAGGCCAAUCUUUCACGGGAAACGAACUUUGAUUGUCUAUAGCUGGUGCACAAGCUUGCCAACAAGCUGUUGUUCAGCGUAGCAAUUUGCGAUAGCUAGCUAGCCAACUCGGUAGGUAUCCAGGGAGCUAGCUAGCAAGUUAACAUACGAUAGCGUAGCAUAUUUGGUUCAAGUAGCUAGCGUUAAACGAAACUUUGGAACUUGGCUACAUGUUCUGAGAUGAAGACAGCGUCGAAGUUGUAAAGCUAGCCUAAUGUGCUAGCUAGGCUAGAGAGACAGCACGCAGCAUCACUGGAAUUUUGAAACAAGACCUUUUUUAUUUGUGCUUCACUCUGGCCAUACGAAAUAUACCUCACUUCACAGCUUCUAAUUCUCGGAUUCUUUGGAUUGUUGUGGUGUGCCUUUUGUUGCUUGAUGCAUCUCGGCGUGGCUGACCCCAUGAGAGACUGCGAGUACAGCCAAAUCAGCACGCGCAGCUCGACACCCAUGGAGUCCCCGCACAAGAAGCGCAGCGCGAGGCGGAAAUGGGAAGCCUUCCCGGGCCGGAAUAAAUUCUACUGCGAUGGGAGGAUUAUGAUGGCUAGACAGACUGGUGUCUUCUACCUCACCCUGGUCCUCAUCGUGGUCACCAGUGGACUGUUCUUCGCUUUCGACUGUCCGUACCUGGCCUCCACCCUCACGCCGGCCGUCCCUAUGAUAGGAGGGGUGCUGUUCCUCUUCGUUUUGGGGACGCUGCUCAGGACCAGCUUCAGCGACCCUGGCGUCCUGCCCAGAGCCACGCCCGACGAAGCCGCCGACCUGGAGCGACAGAUAGACAUGGCCAACGGCUGCAGUUCGGGGUACCGGCCGCCCCCCAGGACGAAAGAGGUGAUCAUCAACGGGCAGACCGUGAAGCUCAAGUACUGCUUCACCUGCAAGAUCUUCAGGCCCCCCCGAGCCUCCCACUGCAGCCUCUGUGACAACUGUGUGGAGCGAUUCGAUCACCACUGCCCCUGGGUGGGCAACUGCGUGGGGAAGAGGAACUACCGCUUCUUCUACAUGUUCAUCCUGUCGCUGUCCUUCCUCACGGUCUUCAUCUUCUCCUUCGUCAUCACGCACGUCAUCCUCAGAUCUCACAACUCUGGGUUCCUCAACGCACUCAAAGACAGUCCUGCAAGCGUGCUGGAGGUGGUCGUGUGCUUCUUCUCCGUGUGGUCCAUCGUGGGCCUGUCUGGAUUCCACACCUACUUAAUCAGCUCCAACCAGACCACUAAUGAGGACAUUAAAGGGUCGUGGUCGUCCAAAAGGGGGAAGGACAACUACAACCCGUACAGCCACGGGAACAUCUUCACAAACUGCUGUGCGGCCCUGUGUGGGCCCCUCCCCCCCAGUCUAAUUGACAGACGGGGCUUCGUCCAACCAGACACACCGCAAGCAGCCCCGCCCACCAACGGAAUCACCAUGUACGGGUCCACGCAGACCCAAAGCCACAUGUGUGAUCAGGACCAGUGCAUUCAGAGCACCAAAUUCGUUUUGCAGGCGGCGGCCACGCCCCUGUUGCAGAGCGAGCCCAUCGUCAUGGCGGCGGGCGACGUCCCCCUCCCGGCCAGGACCUCGCUGAAUGGCCCCUGCGCCAUGCUGCCCCUGGGCCAGCCGACCCCGCCCACCUCCACCCCGAACCUGAGCUGCGAGCCGGACCUGCUGCCCCGCCAGGAGGGGGCGCCGCCGCACCACCACUUCCUGACCCCCGAGGAGGCGCCCUCCCCGCCGGGCAUGCUGCCCUGCUCCGCCCCCCUGGCCCACAGCCACACCCUGCCCUUCUACAACCCCGCCAGCCAGGACUCCCUGCACGAGGACUCGGUCAGGGGGCUGGUCAAACUGAGCUCCGUCUGA